UCUAUUGCAUCGCUUGUUGUUAUAGCGACGAUGACCUCAAGAAAGCCAUGAAACUAAGCAAGCAGGAGGAGCAAGAUAGACUGGACAAAAUGGAGAAGUACAACAAACUGCCCGCUACAGAAGACUGGGAAGGCCGCUCCAGGUACUUAUUUUGGGCGCCCUAUCGCCCUAUCAUGCAUUAAGAGUGCGCUGUCCUUGCGGAAUGAGAUGUUAAUAACCUUUUUUCGUCGCUUCUCUUGACAGUGCCAAUAAACAACAAGAAAGCAGCAACACGGAUUUUUUCAGUGACGACUUCGGAGGACAGAUGGGGUUUGGCAACAGCGGAAAUAAUAACACGGACACCAGCAACAAUAAUCUCGAAGGGUUGUCGUCGAUGAACAAUUUUGGAGGCAGCAACUCGUUCAUGCAAUCGCAGCCUACUGGGUUCAACAACCCGUACUUACAACUCCAGCAACAGCAGCAGAUGCAAAUGCAAAUGCAGCAACAACUUGAGCAACAGCAGCAACAGCAGCAGCAGCUGAUGCAACAGCAACUUAUGGAACAGCAGUUUCAGCAGCAGCAGCAGCAGCAGCAGAUGGCCUUCCUAAACACAAUGAACAAUCCUUACCAGCAGCAACUCAUGCCCCAAAUAACUGGAGCUCCAGCGAUUGGAUCGAACAACCCAUUCAGCUCUAGUAACGUACAAAAAGCACAGGCAAAUCAGCCUUUCCCAGAUUCCUUCCGCGCGGCUUCCAAUGGAUUCGGAUUGAAUAACAGUAACAGCGGCACCAACAGCAAUGGUUUUAAUAAUAACAGCGGUUUCAAUAAUACGGACGGGUUCAAUAGCAACGGCAACGGCGUUAGCAAUGCAUCUACGUCAACUCAAAAGAACGGUGCUCUGGGAGAGCUCGCAUUCCUUCAAAACGCCAUGAAUAGUUCGUCCCCUGUCAUUAAUCAGCCGGUAUGUCUUCAGCUUAACUCGUUCAGUCCGCUUCUCUUGGAUACCUAUGCCAGAGUGGAAUCAUAACCAGCACUCUGAAUUUUAAUGGCGCACGAAAUAGGUUGCGACGAAGGCGUCAAACCCAAACGACGAAAAAUACGCUCACUUGGCCAUGGCUCUUGCGAACCGUGAAGAUGGUAUGGACACAUUUGGUAAUAUAGGACAGCUUCGCGUUCCAAGGUAAG